UUCGUAUCAGUUAACCAUCGGGCCGGAAUUAAUUUGGGUCUAAAAACCGGUCAAACAAACGAAAAAAAAAAUGUCGCUCAAGUUCGCGCUGUUCGCACUCUUCGUUUCGACGGUGUUCGCGCGCUCCACGAGUUUCACCAACGAAAACUCUAUAGACGAUAGUGAAACUCCCCGGGCCUCCUCCGAUUCCUACUCUUACCUGAACGACUUCCGGUACAUGUACAAGGUUUACCAGGAGUGCGCCACUCAGGACGUGACCUCAUGUUUGAAGUUGAAGUUACUGGCCGCCCUGGAUAGGGCCGCGAGGAGUUACAACUUGAACGUGCUGGAUGGCGUCAGUUUCGUCAAGGAUCCCGAAGCUGUCGCGGCUGAGGAACCGGUCAAGAGUGAAGCUGAGAUCGAAGCUAACCUGCCGAGGGCUUUGGGGGAGAAGGAUCAGGCGCUCACCGGGAUGAUUUUGAAUAAAGUUGGAAGUUUUUUGGAAACUCAUACGCUUCAGAUCAAGCUCCCAUCGUCCGCAGACCUCGCCCGUAGCUUCAGCAAUAGCCAAGAGGAAGAAGGGCGUGGCAAGAAAGGGGGUGGCAAAAAGGGCGGCGGUGGUAUGCUCCUGCUGCCCCUCAUCCUCGGAGGUACCAUGGUACCAUUAGCGCUUGGUGCCUUGGCCCUUUUGGCUGGUAAAGCCCUCAUCAUUUCCAAAUUGGCUUUGGUGCUGGCCGGUAUCAUCGGUCUCAAGAAACUUUUGGCUGGAAACUCCGGACAUCACGAAACUCCACACGUGGAAGUCGUGUCUGGACACCACGGGUCUGGAUGGGGCAGGUCGUAUGAUAAGGAGGAGGCCGCCAGGUUGGCGUAUCAAGCGUAUCAACCCAAAAAGGAGGAAUGAUCAUGUGAGGGACGCUCAGGAGUUACGAGAGAGUUUAUUAUUUAUUUAAAUUAUUUUUAUGUUUAAGGAUUAUUUGUUUGUAAAAUAAACCAAAUUGUUUUAUAAAAUUA